AUGUGGAGGGUUAGAAACAGCCAAAGAGGCUAUGAAGGUUUUGAGACGAGAGUUGAGGGAUCUCUAUCUCAGCCUCUGCUGAAGAAGUCAAGCCCGGCCGACCUGCCGGCGCGCAAGCUGCGCAUUGUUUCGAAUGACGAAAAGCAAUACUUCGCUAUCGCGGACGAUAAUGGAAGCCUGUGUGUGAACGAGAGGAUAGACCGGGAGGAUAUCUGCGGGGACGUGUCGCCCUGUGUCCUCAGUUUCGAGGCGGUGGUGGAAAACCCGUUCAAUAUAUUUCAUGUGAGCGUUACUAUUCAUGAUAUCAACGACAACGCGCCACAGUUCGGCAGAGAAUUUGUUGACCUAGAAAUAACGGAAUCCACGCCUCCAGGAGCGAGGUUCCCGCUGGGAAGUGGCAGAGACCCUGACGUUGGUGCUAACUCUUUGCAAAACUACCAGCUUACACCCAAUCCUCUAUUUUCCCUAGUAGUGAAGGAGAAUCCCGAUGGCAAGAAACACGCGGAAUUGCUACUGGAGAAACAGCUAGAUCGAGAAAAACAGGAAAAUCACCAUUUGAUACUGAUGGCGGUGGAUGGUGGGCAUCCAGUCAGAUCCGGGACUGUACACAUUAUGAUUAAUGUGACUGACGCCAACGACAAUACCCCGGUAUUCACCAAGGAAAUGUACAAGGUCCGACUGGAGGAAAACUUGCCUGAGGACUCCUUAAUUUUUCAGGUGGAAGCCACUGACAGUGACGAAGGUACAAAUGCGGAAAUUACCUACUCUUUCAGUGACAUCGGAAACAGAGCUCGCCAACUUUUCGGGCUGGAUCCCAGAACAGGUGAGGUCAAGCUUACCGGUCCCUUAGAUUUCGAAGAGGCCAAAUACUACGAGGCGACCAUUGAAGCCAAAGACGGAGGCGGGCUGAGUGGCCACGCCAAGGUCCACAUAGACAUUCUAGACAUGAACGACAACGCUCCAACACUUUCCCUCCUGCCUAUCUUGAACCCGAUACCUGAAGACUCGGCUCCAGGCACAGUUGUAGCGGUGAUCAAUGUUCGCGACAGGGACUCCGGAGAUAACGGAGAUGUAAGCUGUUACAUAGACGACGAUUUGCCUUUCAGACUGGAAUCAGCUUCGAAAAAUUCCUACAAAUUAGUAACUGAU